UCAUAUAUAGCGAUUUAAUAUAAUCCUAUUUGCUCUCUCCCCAGUCCAGUACUGUGUGUUGUGUGUGUAUACGGUACGUAUACAUAGUAUAGAUACGCUUUGAUCGUACCCUUAUCUGCUGUGCGUGGGCAGUGACUCGCAGUAGUACUGAGGCGGAGAGAGUGGGAGGAAUCUGUAAUGGAGAAGUUCAUCCCGCCGGAGUUCGAUUUGCCACUCAAGGGGCGGUCGGAGGAGGCGCUGAAGAGGUGGCGCGAUGCCGUCGGGAAACUGGUGAAGAAUCGCCGGAGAAGGUUCCGCUACGCGGCCGUGCUUGAGAAGCGGUCCGAAGCAAAGGAACAGAUGCGAAGACUCAGAGCUAAUAUACGUGUUUGCUUUGUGGCUUACACAGCAGCACUCAGGUUAAUCGACGGUGGACAUGGUAAAAAGCUGCCCUCGGAUUACUCAAAUGAACCCUUGGAAGAUGAUACAGAAACAGUUAUUCAAAAUGGGCUCCAGGAAGAAGCUAGACUUGCAGGGUUUCAGAUUCACCCCGAUAAACUUGCAUCUAUUGUUGCUUCUUAUGACAUUAAAACGUUAAGAAAACUCAAAGGAGUUGAAGGGCUUGCUGAUAGAUUGAACGUUUCAGUAGAUAAAGGCGUGACUUCAAGCGAUGUGGCCACUAGACAAAAUAUAUUUGGUCCCAACCGCUACACUGAGAAACCUCCUAAAAGUUUUUGGACAUUUGUGUGGGAAGCUUUGCACGACUUGACACUUAUCAUACUUAUUGUUUGCGCUGUGGUGUCAAUUGGAGUGGGACUUGCCACUGAGGGGUGGCCAAAGGGCAUGUAUGAUGGGUUAGGAAUUAUACUUAGCAUAUUUCUGGUGGUCAUGGUUACUGCAGUCAGUGAUUACAAGCAAUCAUUACAGUUCAAGGAGUUGGACAAGGAGAAGAAAAAGAUUUUUGUCCAGGUCAUUAGAGAUGGAAUUCGUCAAAAAGUCUCUAUAUAUGACUUGGUUGUUGGAGAUAUUGUACAUCUAAGCAUUGGAGAUCAGGUUCCAGCAGAUGGUAUAUAUAUAUCAGGGUACAACUUGUUGAUUGAUCAAUCAAGUUUGACUGGUGAAAGUGUGCCAAUAAACAUAUAUGAAAAAAGACCAUUUCUUUUAGCAGGAAGUAAAGUUCAAGAUGGGUCAGGUAAAAUGUUGGUGACUACAGUUGGUAUGAGAACUGAAUGGGGAAAGUUGAUGGAAACUCUGAGCGAGGGUGGAGAAGAUGAGACCCCACUGCAGGUCAAGCUUAAUGGUGUUGCCACAAUUAUUGGUAAAAUUGGACUCGCCUUUGCUGUUCUGACUUUUCUAGUCUUGACUAUCAGGUUUUUGGUUGAGAAAGGACGUCAACAUGCAUUUACCAAAUGGUCUUCCAGUGAUGCACUGAAGCUUUUGAAUUACUUUGCUACUGCAGUGACUAUAAUUGUUGUUGCAGUUCCCGAAGGACUGCCUCUGGCCGUAACACUGAGCCUUGCAUUUGCCAUGAAGAAACUAAUGAAUGACAAGGCAUUGGUGAGACAUCUCUCUGCCUGUGAGACAAUGGGUUCUGCAACUUGCAUUUGCACUGAUAAAACAGGUACACUGACCACAAACCACAUGGUAGUGUCUAAAAUAUGGAUUUGUGGAAAAGCGAAAGAGGUAGAUACCAAUGGAGGCAGGGAUACAUUAGAUACCGAAGUAUCAGAACAUGUAGUAACAGUUCUCUCGCAAGCAAUAUUUACUAACACGGGUUCUGAGGUAGUCAAGAAUAAAGAUGGAAAGAUAUCCAUUUUGGGCACACCAACAGAAUCAGCGAUAUUAGAAUACGGAUUGUUACUAGGUGGUGAUUUUCAGGAGGUACGCGGGAUCUGCAAGUUGUUGAAAGUUGAACCUUUCAAUUCUGAAAAAAAAAAGAUGUCUGUGCUUGUGGCUCUUCCAGAAGGCAAGAACCGAGCUUUCUGCAAAGGUGCAUCUGAGAUCAUAUUAAAAAUGUGUGACAGGGUAAUUAAUGCCAACGGGGAGUCGGUUCCUUUGUCAGAAGAACAAGUAAGUAAUGUCAUGGAUGUCAUCAAUGGGUUUGCCUGUGAAGCUCUACGUACUCUCUGCUUAGCUUUUAAGGACAUUGAUGAUGGUUCUCACGAGAAUAGUAUCCCUGACUGUGGAUAUACACUAAUUGCAGUAGUGGGUAUCAAGGAUCCUGUUCGCCCUGGGGUAAAGGAAGCGGUAAAAACUUGUUUAGCAGCUGGAAUAACUGUGCGCAUGGUCACUGGAGAUAAUAUUAAUACAGCUAAAGCAAUUGCUAGAGAAUGCGGCAUACUUACAGAUGGUGAUCUUGCUAUAGAAGGUCCAGAUUUCCGACAGAAGACUUCUUAUGAGAUGAGCCAACUAAUACCGAGACUUAAGGUAAUGGCGCGGUCAUCGCCGACAGACAAGCAUGUUCUGGUAAAGACUGCGAGGAGCGUGCUUAAAGAAGUUGUUGCAGUUACUGGUGAUGGUACGAAUGAUGCUCCUGCUUUGCACGAGGCAGACAUUGGACUUGCUAUGGGCAUUGCAGGAACAGAGGUUGCAAAAGAAAGUGCUGAUGUGAUUGUGCUGGAUGACAAUUUCGCAACAAUUGUAAACGUUGCAAAAUGGGGACGUUCUGUGUACAUCAAUAUUCAGAAAUUUGUGCAAUUUCAGUUGACUGUUAACAUUGUUGCUCUGAUGAUCAAUUUUAUAUCUGCUUGCGCCUCAGGAUCUGCUCCCCUUACGGCGGUGCAGCUGCUUUGGGUGAACCUAAUCAUGGAUACUUUAGGUGCACUUGCACUGGCCACUGAACCACCACAUGAUGGCCUGAUGCAGAGGCCUCCUGUCGGGAGAACUGAAAGUUUCAUUACCAGGACCAUGUGGAGGAAUAUCAUUGGUCAAAGCAUUUAUCAGUUGGCUGUUCUGCUAGUCCUCAAUUUUGUUGGGAAGCAAAUAUUGGGACUUCGAGGUUCCAAUGCCACUGCAGUAGUCAAUACUUUCAUAUUCAACACCUUUGUCUUUUGUCAGGUCUUUAACGAAAUAAACAGCCGUGACAUUGAGAAGAUAAACAUCUUCCGAGGGAUGUUUGGAAACUGGAUAUUCACAGGAAUCAUCGUAUCCACCGUAGUAUUCCAAGUGAUUAUAGUUGAAUUCCUGGGAACUUUUGCAAGCACCGUUCCGUUAAGCUGGCAGCUAUGGUUAUUCAGCAUUUUAAUUGGUGCAGUAGGCAUGCCUAUAGCGGUUGUCUUGAAGUGCAUUCCUGUUGACACAAAGCCUGCCACUGCAAAACAGCACGAGGGUUACGACCCACUCCCAAGUGGUCCAGAUCUCGCAUAAAGGAAUAGCAGAACCACACAGUUGGAGCAGCAGCCAAGAGUAUAUACAUUUGGGGUGGUAAAUUUGAGUUUCAUUUUUGGCCUUCUAGUGCUUGAUCAUCACAGAGACUGUUAUUAUUUCUCUUCUUCCUCUGUUUUCUGCAGUUACUUUCUUGGUGUUUCAUUAAGGGAAGAACAAAUGAACAGAUUGUGAAAAAAUAAAUGUAGAAAGCAAACACAGUUCAAGGUAGCUGAAGCCGGUGAUGUGGGUUCAGACAACCUUCUAACUCUGGCCAUGACUAGGUUUGUUUUGUAUAGUCUUGGUGCUGACUUAGAAUUACUUUUCAUAGUGGUAUACUGGAUCUUUGUGGAUGUGGAGUCGUUUCUAAUGUAUUCAUAUAAUCAAGAAGAUCGGAGCAAAAGGAAAAUUUGUGAACAAAGGAACAAAAAGUCGAAAGAGACAGGAGGAAUGAAGACAUAUUGGUGUUUGUACAAUUCAACUCUUCUCCUCCUUGAUUCUUUCCAUGAAUUUUCCCACUUUUGGUAUGAAUCAUAUAGACCAAAGUUCAAAAAUCUUGCAGUCAUAAUGUCCUGAUAUUCCAACUGAUGAGUAAUUCUACAUCAACACCAAGACUACAGAGAAAAAACCUUACAUUCUUGAUGCUCAAAAGCAAGUCAUGGCUAGAAGGUUUCCGACCCCAAGACAUGUAGGCUUCGAGCCCUACCAUUUUUACGGUGGACAUUUGUUUAGGUUUUGUUUUGGCAAUUAACCGUUGUAAAUCUACACGUUCUAUUGCAUUCUCUUUGUUAAAAGAACCUUUCUGUUUCUCUA